UUGGUGCUAACAUAAUCGUUCCAGUAAUUUUCCCGAAAACGGUUUAAAUAUUUUCCUAUUUAAACAGACAAGUAAAUAAAAUACUAUUCAAGCAAUAACAUAUUUUAUUCAGGAACUAUGUCGUGCAAGAAUGGCGACAAAAGGACAAGCUCAAGAUAUGCCAAGUAGCAGUGGUCGUAUAUCUACUUUAGCAAAAGACAAUGAACGUCCUCCGUCAUCAAGAUCAAGUACAUCCUCAUGGAGUGAAGAACCAGCCCUUACUAACAUGGAUAUUUCUACAGGACACAUGGUUUUGUCGUAUAUGGAAGAUCAUUUACGAAAUAAAGGACGUUUACAACGUGAAUGGGAAGCUCUAUGCCGUUAUGAAGCGGAACCGAGUGCUCGUGAGGCUGCUUUACAAAAAGAGUGUGCAACUUUAAAUAGACCAAAUGCUCCUCUACCGUAUGACCAUUCUAGAGUUGUAUUAAAUCAUUUAGCCAAUGCUGAAGGACUAGAUUACAUAAACGCUUCGACUAUUACUGAUCACGACCCGCGAGCGCCAGCUUAUGUUGCGGCUCAAGGACCAUUGCCCUCAACAUUAGCUCAUUUUUGGCAAAUGAUUUGGGAGCAAGGAGCAGUUGUUAUUGUGGCUUUAUGCAGACUACAGGAAAACCAUGAACAAGUAUGCGCACGAUAUUGGCCCGAGGAAGGUGCCGAAGUUUAUCAUAUAUAUGAAGUUCACCUUGUAAGUGAGCAUAUUUGGUGCGAUGAUUAUUUGGUACGCUCGUUUUACUUAAAAAAUCUUCGAACUAGUGAAACCAGAACAGUUACACAAUUUCACUUCUUAUCAUGGCCACAGGGAGGAGUCCCGCCACAAACUAAAGCUCUGCUAGAAUUCAGAAGGAAAGUGAACAAAUCUUAUCGUGGUAGGUCAUGUCCCAUAGUCGUGCAUGACAGUAACGGGGCUGGUCGAACUGGUGCGUACGUUCUUCUUGAUUUAGUUUUAGGCCGUAUGAACAAAGGCGCACGUGAAAUCGAUAUUGCAGCUACAUUAGAACAUUUACGCGACCAAAGAGCCGGUUUGGUUGCUACACGACAGCAAUUUGAGUUUGUUUUAAUGGCCGUAGCUGAGGAGGUUCAUGCUAUUUUGAAAGCUCUGCCAGCAAAUCAAAAUGAAAAAAGAGAUUUAGAUAAAGAGGCCGUCAAAGAAGAAGAUGAAUUCAGCACACGAGCAAAGAAAAAAUCAGAAAAAAAUGACUUAAAAGAUUUUCCGAACGCAAAACCUGUGAGUUCGAAAAACGAGGAAAAUUAAAAAAAAAAUUAAAACCUUAAUAUAAAUGUUGAACAAUUAAUUUCUAACCAUUGUAAAUGUUCCACUUUUGUCUUAGAAAGAAUAUUCGUACGUAUUUUUAAUUUAUUGCAUAUUCAUGUUAUAAAUUAUAAAUAUAUAUGUAUAUAAUUGCACAAUAAACUACAAACAUUUAAGAUUAUGAACAAAAAAAAUAACAUUUACAUGUAUGUAUGUAUAAUAUUUAGGGCAAUUUGAAGUCAAUUGUAAGGAAAGUACAGCAAAAAGAAAACGAAAUUCAAAUCCAGCCCUGUUUUUCGUAUUCUUUUUAGUUGUGCAGUUGUUUUUUCCAGUUUACUUGCAUAUUUAUUGUUAUUCACAAAAAAAUGUCAACACUUAUUAUGGGAAAAGUAUAUGUAUAUUCUACUAAUAAACUUAUUGAUCAGUAUAAAAAAUUUCAAAAUUUUAGAAUAAACAUUAAAGUCAUUUAUUAAGCUACGUUAUUAAUAUUUUUGUUCAUAAUAAUUACGUUUUAAGUACUGUCAACUUUUAUUUUCAUAUAAAUAUAUUAUUAAAUAUUAUUUGUCAAAACAAC